AUGGAGAGAGAAGAGAGGGAGACCCUGGCCAAUGAGUUGGAGGAGAUGAGUGGUAGAGCCAGCAUGACCUUGGACCCAGACACCACCAACCCCUUCCUCAUCCUGGCUGAUGACCAGAGAAGCGUGGGACGGGGGGAUGAGUGGACCUCACUGCCCAACAACCCUGAGCGGUUCGACACGGAGCCGUGCGUGCUGGGCAGCCAGGGCUUUGCUGCGGGGAGGCACUGCUGGGAGGUGGAGGUGGCUAAUGGGGGGGACUGGUGGGCUAUGGGGGUGGCCCAGGAGUCUGUCAGGAGGAAAGGUGUCCUCAGUUUUACCCCCCAGGAGGGGAUCUGGGCCAUGGGGCAGUGGUUUGGGCAAUACUAUGCUUUCACUGACCCUGACUGGACGCCCCUGCACCUUCCCUGCCUCCCCAGAGCCAUCCAGGUCUGCCUGGACUUUACAGAGAGGCAGGUGGCAUUUGCUGAUGCUCAAAACAAAGCCCCGAUCUUUGCUUUCUGCCUGGCUUCGUGUCCCAGGGAGAGGCUACGCCCAUGGCUCUGGGUGGGGAUGGACUCAUGGCUCAAGCUGUGCCCCUGA